AUGGAAACCAACAAUCAAAAAACUUUCUCAAAUCAAAUUCACCUCCCCCGUCUUUCGAUUCCGACAUUGAAAGAAACAGCAGAACGCUAUAAGAAGUCUUUAUUGCCUCUUUUAUCCACUUCGGAUUAUAAUCGAGCAGCCAAUGUCGUUGAUGAAUUUAUGAAGGAAGGUGGUUUUGCUGAAGUUCUUCAAAAAAGAUUAUACGAUGUUGAUAAAAAAUUGAGAGUACCUAUUCUUAUAUACUCUAAUUGGUGGAUCGAGUUCGAUGAUCCUGUUACCGGAAUUUUAGAAAAUCCACCCUCAAAAGGUCAAAUAUCUGAAUUUCAAAUCAAUAGAGCUGCUGGAUUAGUGUCAAAUAUGCUGACAUUUAAUGAUAUGAUUAACAAUACUGCACGCAUUGCUGAUUCCCCCUUUGAUCGUGUUAUCACAACAUGGCCUAAGACUGCUAAACAUAUUAUUGUGAUUUUUAAAGAUCAAAUUUUCAAAGUUCAGGUUUUAGCAUUUAAAAUUUAUGCUGGGUGUUGUUUUGCACUUAGGCAACUCCGAUCUGUGGUUGAUCAAGUAAAUAAUGCCACAGAAUUGCAGCCUUCAAUAGGUUUAUUGACUGCUGAACACCGUGAUACAUGGGCAACGGCUCGCAAAAAGCUUGAAUCUUUAUCUGCAGAAAACAAUAUUAGCUUUGAAGCAAUUGACACAGCUUUAUUUUGUGUAGCAUUGGAUGACUAUCCUACUGAUACAAAUAUAGAUGUUUCUCAUCAUAAUUGCAUUCAUGCAUAUAAUGGCCGAAAUCGAUGGUUUGAUAAAACAAUUCAAUUAAUUUUUGCAAAUAAUGGACGUGCUGGUGUUAAUGGUGAGCAUUCAUCUGUGGAUGGUACAAUUGUAGGCCGUUUAUUCGAUUAUAUCAUUUCAAAUGAGCCGGCACAAGAUCCGCAAAACACUUCUCCUAUUGAAUUAUCACCUCCGCAAUACUUGAAAUGGGUUGUUGAUACUGAUAUAAUGAACACCAUUCAGCAAGCGCAAAUUAAUAUUCAAGCUGCUAUUGAUAAAGUUGAUAGUGUUUUAUUGUAUUAUAAUGAAUAUGGGGCCGAUUGGAUAAAAAAUGCUAAGGUUAGCCCUGAUGCAUUUGUUCAGAUAGCAAUUCAACUUGCAUAUUAUAAACGUUAUGGUGAGCCAUGUUCGACUUAUGAAACUGCUUCUACUAGAGGUUUUCUACAUGGUCGUCUUGAAACUGUGAGAACUUGCUCCGUGGAUACCGUUGCAUUUACCAAAGCUUUUUGUGAUCCAAAUGUCGAGAAAGAUGAAAAAGUUUCUCUGCUAAUGAAGGCUAUUAAAUCACAUGUUGAAUAUAUAAGUUCUGCUAUUAAAGGUCGUGGAGUAGAUUGUCACCUUUUAGGCCUUCAAUCCCAAAUCCGUGACGGAGAAAAAUCUAGAGCAACAUUAUUUACUGAUCCUUCGUAUGCUCAAGCAAUGCACUUUAAACUUCGUACUUCAAAUUUGAGCCCUGGAUUGUGUUUUCAUACUGGAAUGGAAACUAUAGUUCCUGAUGCGUAUGCAAUUGCUUAUAUUAUUGAAAAAGAUAAAUUGAAAAUCGGUAUUAGUAGUAAUAAAAAAUGCAAAGAAACUGAUAGCGUCAUUUUCAGAAAAGCUUUAAAAGAAUCAUUAGAUGAUCUUAGAGAAAUUUUAUCAUA